AUCUGCAGAACGCAAAAUGAACAAUUAUCUAAGUCAUGUGGCAACGCGGCUGGCUCUCAACAAAUUGUCUCUAAAUAUUAACAAAACAGCUUAUAUAACCUUUGGGAACUAUCGUGAUAGCGUACCAGCAAAUAUUUGCAGCGAAAAGCGGCCGUAACCUUAGACGUAUCAGUCCAUUGUCGUUGAAUGACAAGAAAGCAGCAUUGUUUUUUUCCUUGACCGUUGCGCCUUCUCUGCAGCGGUUUGUCAGUGUCAUUGUUGCACAAGAAUUUUCAAAUACGAGCGGCGCAUGAAAGCAUGAAAACAGACGAGAUAUUUUUUCCGUCUUCCAACAGCUACUCGACUUGGUGUGCCGAGCUAUCUCUGGAAACAAGUCACUGGGAAAUUAUACUCCGAGGAGGUCUCCCAACAAAUAAAGAUGUUUCCACCGGAAAUUUGGGAAAAGAUAUUGGGUUACACAGAGGCAGCCUCGCUUAUAAGACUAAAGACUGUGUGUUGCAUGUGGAAUGAAAUCAUCACAAAGCAUUUGCAGGAAUCAAAUGCCUGGUAUAGACAGUGCAAAAAUGACAUACCAGAGAAGUACUGGCUCAUGCUGCUGGAAAACUCGUUGCACUCAACAACAUUGCUGAGACAUGAGAAAAGUAACAGCGACAAAAAGACCAACUAUAAAAUUUGGCUAACGAUGUAUAGAGCUUGGAUCAAGUGGUGCAAUGUUCAGAAUUUCAAUAUGCACACUUUUCAUGAAUUUAAACCUAUUCCUGAUCAUCGACCGUCUGAGCGUAUUACAUGCUGUACGGUUCUAGGAGAAUUAGCUGCUGUUGGUUCAACAGAGGGAUAUAUUAGAAUAUAUAAUUUACGUACAAAUCAGCUUGUAUUCAGGGUUGAUCAAUACGAGCAAGUUAAAGAUGUGAAAUUAUGUGUUCAAGGGAAGAAGCAUGAUAAAAUUGUACUAAUUGCAACUUCAAUUUGCAAUAAAAGUAGGGUUUGGGAUAUAACUAGUCAAAGAAGCUUGCUACUUAGAUCAGGGGAUGUGAUAUGUGCUGGUUAUGGAUACUACUGUACAACGUUAUAUAAUGAUAAAAUUAUCGUAUAUGAUGCCACAACUGAAGAUUGUUAUCCUACUAGAUUGUUUAUUCAAGACUUGAACAAUAGAAAAUUAAGUAGUACUAAAUAUGUGAACAUGAUAAUCAAUAGGAAUGAGUUAUGCUUUUUGACAGAUAAUGGUCUCUAUUGUCAGUUGGAUUUAAAGGAUAUUAGUCAGUUAUCCACAUUUUUGUACACGCCGGAUGUAAAGUCCAUUGGGGUUCCAAAAAACCAAAAAGUACGGCAAUAUUAUUUAUUCAACCCAUGUGUUGCAUUUUGUGUUACAGAAAGGGGUCAUUUAGGUAUAUCAGUAUAUAAAACUAAAUGGCAGAUGUAUAAUACUUUUCCAUUUCUGGAAGGUUCAGUUACUGCCAUACUGUUUCAUGUCAGAAUCUUAGUUAUUGGAUUAGAUUCAGGUGAUGUAUGUUUAUUUUAUGUUGAGAAUGAAUCAGCAUUGAGGACAAUCAAUUUCAAAAGCAAAAAAUCCAAAAGGAUUCAUGUUGCUUCUGAACCUAUCGUUUCUGUAAAUAUUAUGGAAAUCUUGGGUGAUCAAAGACUACUAGUUGCAACCAAAAGUACUAUUUACCAUAUCAAACUCCAUUCUGUUGCAAACUAAUCUAUUGAGUUACUGUUUAUGUAUACCUAGUUUAUAAUUAAUUUUUUAUGGUCAGGGCUUUAAGGCAUUAUACAUUUUUUAAGGGGUUCAGAAAAUAAUGAAUUGAUUAUUUAUUUACAUUUCGUUUUUUAAUUUUGUAUUAAAUAUAUUAUAAAAAAAAUAAAUUAAUUUUAUAAAGAAUAUAUGCCAUGAUAUUAACAGUACUAAUAAAAAGAAUUGAAACUAUAAAUUUUAA